ACAAUAAACUAGUGAAACAUCCUCCAGUCUGGAUCCGCACCCGUUUUCAUAACUAGCACUAGCACUUUCGUUUGUAUUAUUAUUACCAGUCGCAUCACAGCCCAGUGUCGAGUGUUCAGUGUUCAGUACAGUUUACAGUGUCCCGAUAAUUGCAUGGUGCAUUAACAAACAAUCCGGGUGUGCGCGUGUGUCCUGUGAGUAGAGCCUCCCAGUAAAAAAUAAUUACAACAAUAAAGCAACAGUACAAAUAUAAAAAUAAAAGUGUUUUUGUUUUUAAAGUGAAGAAAAAAUAAAUAAAAAACAAAAAUGCCCGGCAUUAAUCACGUGGACAUUUUUUAAACAAAAUUAAACCCUAAUGGCGAUAUUUAUUUUUAAAUAUGAAUAAUUUAAAAUUAAUAUUAUACAUGAGCAAGAGCAUCAAUGAACCCCGGAGCGUGACUGACAUUUUCACUUAGCUUGUGCGGAGAGAGUAUGGAGGAGUAUUGUAUGGAUAUGGAGAUUACUAAAUAUAAACUGAUAGAGAUUAAAGCAAGGAGGAAAAUAAAAAUCUAGAAGAAAUGCUUGAGAUUAUAAAUAAUAUUUAUAUUUAUUUUUAGUUAAUUUAAAAUUAAAAAUAAAAAAUUAAAUAGAAAGACAACAAUGGGUUUGGGUCAGAGUCGCGAUGCUAAUCCUGAUAACGGAGAGGCUUCUGACGAUGGAAUGCGGGACGGAUUGGGCAUCGGGAUCAAGAGCAGCGGUCAUCACCAGCACCAGUAUCGAUACUGUCAGACGCCGACUUUGGGCACUGGGAGUCUCGGUGGACCACCUCCGCACACCAGGAGCGGGAGUGUUAGGUCCACUCCGAGACAACCCAUGCCCGAUACCAUUGAACUCGAGAGACGUUUCACUAAAGUCCUUGCAUCAAUGGAUUUACCACCCGACAAAGCAAAGCUUUUGAAGCAAUACGACAAUGAAAAGAAGUGGGAUAUCAUAUGUGAUCAAGAAAGAGUUCAAGCUAAGGAUCCACCCUCACACUAUCUUGCCAAAUUGAGAACUUAUUUGGAUCCUAAAGCAUCUAGAAGUCAUCGAAAGAGAAAAAUGGUCGGUGAAUCAACGUCAACUCAAGUUCUUCGAGAUCUGGAGAUAUCACUAAGGACAAAUCAUAUCGAAUGGGUCAGAGAAUUUUUGGACGAAGAAAACCAAGGCCUAGAUGCGCUGAUAGAUUACUUGAGCUUCCGAUUACUGAUGAUGCGACACGAGCAGCGGGCGAUGGAAAUCCGAACGGAGUCGGAGGAGAAAAUCCAAACAAGUGGUGUAAUUGAGAACGUGUCACUUAAUAAUGGCUGUCUACGGCCACCUCUACACGAGCUAAAAGACAGUCCAAGUGUUAAACGACGUUCGAGACAUGUAGCCAAACUUAACAUGGGUGAAGCUAAGGAUGACAUUCAUGUUUGUAUACUUUGUAUGCGUGCUAUUAUGAAUAACAAGUACGGCUUCAACAUGGUCAUCCAGCACAGGGAAGCUAUUAAUUGUAUAGCACUUAGCUUAAUCCACAAAAGUUUGAGAACAAAAGCCCUCGUACUAGAAUUACUAGCGGCUAUUUGUCUGGUUAAAGGCGGCCACGAGAUUAUUCUGUCGGCGUUUGAUAACUUCAAGGAAGUUUGCUUGGAAAAAAAGCGCUUUGAAACUCUGAUGGCGUACUUCACCCAGUACGACAAUUUCCACAUUGAGUUUAUGGUAGCGUGCAUGCAGUUUGUAAAUAUUGUCGUCCACUCGGUCGAAGAUAUGAAUUUUCGAGUCCACCUGCAGUACGAAUUCACCAAUCUUGGCCUCGAUGAGUAUCUGGAAAAAUUACGACACACUGAAAGUGAAGAUUUGCACGUUCAAAUCUCAGCUUAUCUGGAUAAUGUAUUUGACGUAGCAGCUCUUAUGGAAGACAGCGAAACUAAAACGGCUGCGCUAGAAAAAGUUGCUGAACUAGAAGACGAACUUGGACAUGCCCACGACAGGAUGACAGAAUUGGAAAGAGAAUCACUAUCAAAAUUGGCAGAACUAGAGACUGAACUGGGUGCGAUAAAAGUAGAAUACGUUGACGCUCUCGACGCUCGCCGAUUAGUAGAAGAAGAGCUGACGGCUCUUAAAAGACAAAAACAAGAUUCUGCGAGACGACAGAGCGUUCUCGAGAGCAAGAUAAUAGAGCUUGAAACCCUUACGGGGACACUUACCAAAGGCUCGACAGUUGCUAGUCUAUCUAAUGGAACCGCGGGGUUAUCAGCGGCCACGUCACCGACCUCCGAGAAUGUAGUUUCGUCGACAGUAUCAAUGUCUCCGACGGAAGAUAUUGUCAGGCCGGCACCAGUGGCGGCUCCGCCGCCACCGCCACCGCCUCCCUGCCCUCCACCACCUCCGCCGCCGCCAAUGGUCCCCAUGGCGCCGGGUGAUAAUAAAAUUUCUUGCUCCUCUUUUAUUCCUCCUCCCCCCGCCGGCAUGAUGCAAGCUCCCGACGGUGCCAUGACUAUCAAACGAAAGGUACAAACGAAGUACAAAUUACCAACGCUCAAUUGGGUUGCUUUGAAACCUAAUCAAGUCCGCGGUACAAUUUUCAAUGAAUUGGACGACGAUCGGCUGCACAAUUAUAUUGAUUUUACGGACUUUGAAGAACGAUUUAAAAUUGGUAUGAGCGGUCAUGUCGCCAAUGGUACUAAUGAAAUUGAUGGGUUACAAAGUUUCCCUAGUAAACGAUUUAAAAAACCGGAAAAUGUGUCUUUACUUGAACAUACUAGAUUACGAAAUAUUGCAAUAUCGAGAAGAAAAAUGGAAAUGCCAAUUGAAAAAGUAAUAACAGCAGUGAAUGCGUUAGAUUUAAAAAUUCUUUCUCUGGAAAAUGUUGAAUUAUUACAACGUAUGGUACCUACGGAACAAGAAAUAAAGGCUUACCGAGAGUAUAUAAUCGAGAAGAAAAAUGUAAAUUUAUUAACAGAAGAAGACAAAUUUUUGAUGCAGUUAGGAAAAGUAGAGCGAAUAUCAACAAAGUUACAAAUAAUGAAUUACAUUGGAAAUUUUUUCGACAAUUUACAUUUAAUAACGCCUCAAGUACACGCUGUGAUAUCUGCCUCAAGUUCAGUAAAAUGUUCAAAAAAAUUGCGAGCUGUCCUGGAAAUAAUUCUAGCAUUUGGAAACUACCUGAACAGCAGCAAGCGAGGUCCUGCAUACGGAUUCAAGCUUCAAAGUUUAGACACGCUUUUGGACACCAAGUCGACUGACAAGCGGAUGUGCUUGCUGCACUACAUAGUAGCUACCAUAAGACUUAAAUUUCCAGAGCUGAUAAAUUUCGAGUCCGAGCUGAUGUAUAUUGACAAGGCUGCUACUGUGUCGCUGGAAAAUAUAACGACUGACGUGCAUGAGUUGGAGAAAGGAAUGGAUCAGGUGCGCAAGGAAUUUGAAUUGAGGGGCAAGGAGAAGCAUAAUACAGUUUUAAGAGAUUUUUUGAAUAAUUCAGAGGAAAAAUUAAGACGAUUAAAAUCAGACGCACGAAUCGCAGGCGAUGCAUUCCGUGAGUGUGUUGAAUUUUUCGGCGAAAGUCCAAGACAAGCUGAUGCCAACACAUUCUUUUCGUUGCUUGUUAGGUUUGCAAGAGCCUUUAAGGCAGCAGAUCAAGAAAAUGAGCAGAGACGCAGGCUAGAAGCAGCAGCCGCAGAAGCUCUCAGUACUUCUGAAGAAGUAACUAAGCGCAACAAAUUGAAUCAAAAGAAACAGCAGGAUGCUGUAAUAAAUGAAUUGAAAAAUAAAACACGUUUAGUACAUGAGAAAAAAUUGUUGCAACAAGAUGAAGUGUAUAAUGGUGCGCUAGAAGAUAUUUUACUUGGUCUAAGAUCAGAACCUUAUCGUCGAGCUGAUGCAGUACGUCGUAGUCAACGUCGACGUAUUGAUAAUCAUAGAUUAUCGCGUACUGCUGAGGAACUUGAAUUUUAAUUUUUUAUUUUACUUAUUAAAAAAGGUAAACGUCCAUUGUGUGAUGCACAAAUUUUUUUUUCAAAUAUAUAUUUUU